AUGCCCAUGACCAAUCCUCUGCCCAUGCUCCUUACCAUCGUAUGCGCCACUUUGUGGCUAACCGGUGGUGCUGGUGCGCCGCAAUCCCAGCACUUCCAUGAUGGUGGCACCGGCACUGGCUGCAUCCCAUCUGAGAGGGCCGCCUUGUUGUCCUUCAAGAAGGGCAUCACAAACGACAGCACCAAUCGCCUCGGUUCAUGGCACGGCCAAGAUUGCUGCCGGUGGAGAGGUGUCACCUGCAGCAACCGAACCGGCAACGUCCUCAUGCUCCAUCUCGGCUACCCGAUCAAUCCAGAUGACUUCUUCUUCUACCCAGAUGUAUGUGACGAUUCCAGAACUUUGUUUGGUGAGAUAAGUCCCUCUCUACUCUUGCUGGAACAUCUAGAGCACAUGGACCUAAGCCGGAACUGCUUGAUAGGUCCACAUGGGCGUAUGCCUUCAUUCUUGGGCUCCAUGAAGAACCUGAGAUAUCUCAAUCUCUCUGGAGUACCAUUGAACGGUAGCGUGCCUCCUCAGUUAGGCAACCUAUCGAAGUUGCAGUACCUUGAGAUUGGCAGCCGAAAUUGCGAGUAUGGCAUAUACUCAAAGGACAUUACUUGGUUAACAAACCUACCUUUGCUGCAGUACCUUGGCAUGGGUUUUGUAGAUCUCUCAGGGAUAGCUCGUGAUUGGGCUCAUAUACUGAAUAUGAUUCCAUCUUUAAGGGUCAUUAGUCUUUCUGACUGUUCACUUGGUAGUGCAAACCAAUCACUUGCAUAUUUUAAUCUCACAAAACUUGAGGAGCUUGAUCUCUCGGACAAUAACUUUGAUCACACAUAUAGAUCGAGUUGGUUCUGGAGAGCGACAAGUCUCAAGCACCUUGUUCUGAUGGACACCGGAUUGUUUGGUCAAUUGCCUGAUGCACUAGGAAACCUGACAUCCCUAAUAGUUCUUGAUUUAUCAGAAAAUGUGAACAAGGACAUGAUGAUACUGCAAGGCUUGAAGAACCUUUGCAGUUUGGAAAUCCUUGACCUUAGCUACAGUGGGAUAAAUAGAGAUAUAGCAGAGCUCAUGGAGAGACUACCACUGUGCACAGGUGAAAACUUACAGUUACAGGAGCUCCGUCUGGGGUUCAAUAGUUUCACAGGGACCCUGCCUAGUUCAAUAGGGCGCUUCACGAGCUUAAGCAUCCUUGAGCUCAACAAUAACAAUCUCAGUGGAAGUGUACCUACUGAAAUUGGUACCCUUACAAAUUUGACCUCUUUGGAUCUAAGCAACAACAACAUCAUCAGCGGUGUGAUCACCAAAGAGCACUUUGUAGGUCUGAAGAGCCUAAAGGAAAUAGACCUGUCUUUCACUAAUUUGAGUGUUGUAGUGGAUGCAGAUUGGAUUCAACCAUUCAGGCUGGAGUCUGCAAAGUUUGCAUCUUGCCAUUUGGGUCCUCUGUUUCCAGUUUGGCUUCACCAGCAGCUCCUUCAAAUCACUCUGCUAGACAUUUCAAGCACAGGGUUGGUGGGAAAUAUUCCUGAUUGGUUUUGGUCAUUUUCAAAGGCUGCUUAUCUUGACAUGUCUUACAAUCAAUUAAAUGGUAACUUGCCGGCGCAAAUGAGUGACAUGGCCUUUCUAGUGCUAAACCUCAGUUCAAACAAACUCACAGGACAAAUACCAGCAUUUCCAAGAAACAUCAGAAAGUUAGACAUCUCUAACAAUUCAUUCUCAGGCAUUAUGCCACACAAGAUCGAAGCUCCGCUGCUCCUAACACUAGUUAUGUCCUCAAAUCAAAUUGGUGGCACCAUUCCGGAGUCUAUUUGCAGAUUGCAGUCCCUGCUCGAUCUAGAUUUGUCGAACAAUCUUUUGGAAGGUGAAAUUCCUCAAUGUUCUAACAUUAAGUCCCUAAAUUUUCUCCUCCUAAGCAACAACAAUUUAUCAGGAACAUUCCCAGCAUUUCUGCAGAACUGUACGGAUAUGCUGUUCUUGGAUCUUGCAUGGAAUAAUUUAUCUGGAAGGUUACCUUCUUGGAUAUGGGAGCUGAAGGAUUUACAGUUUCUACGUCUAAGCCACAAUUCAUUUUCUGGGAAUAUUCCGUCUGAAAUAACAAGCCUUUCUUAUCUUCAAUACUUGGAUCUAUCAGGAAACUACUUUUCUGGUGUUAUACCUCCUCAUCUUUCAAAUCUAACAGGUAUGACCACGAAGGGUUACGAUCCAUUGGAUCCUUCAAGCAAUAGUGAAAUUGAAAUGGAUAUGAUAAUUGCUGGAGUCGAUCAAUUCAAUGAUAUAUGGUUAGUAAUUACAAAAGGGCAACAGCUUAAAUAUGGUCGGGGACUUCUAUAUUUUGUAAGCAUUGAUUUGUCAGGCAACUACUUAACAGGUGAAAUUCCUUUGGAUAUCACAUCCCUUGAUGCCUUAAUAAAUUUGAAUUUAUCAUCAAACCGACUGGGUGGAAAAAUUCCCAAUAACAUUGGUGCCAUGUGGUCGUUGGAAUCCCUGGACCUCUCCUGCAACAAGCUUUCUGGUGAAAUCCCAUGGAGCUUAUCAAAUCUGACAUCUUUAAGCUACAUGAACUUGUCCUACAACAAUCUGUCAGGAAGGAUACCCUCAGGCCGCCAACUCGACACCUUAAAUGCGGACAACCCGUCACUUAUGUACAUAGGUAACAGUGGACUUUGUGGAGCUCCUCUUCAAAAUAAUUGUUCAGGAAAUGGUACGUUCAUCCCUGGUUAUCACAGAAGCAAUAGGCGAAAAUUCGAGCCUGCGUCAUUUCAUAUCGGUGUUGUAUUGGGGCUUGUGGUGGGGCUGUGGAUGGUGUUUUGUGCUCUGUUGUUCCUGAAGACAUGGAGCGUUGCUUAUUUUCGGCUCUUUGACAAGCUGUGUGACAAAAUCUAUGUGUUUGUAGCUGUAAAAUGGGCAAGUAUGACUAUGAGUGCAGAAUGA